AUGGAGGACUAUGAACGACUACACCAGAUCGAGAGUUUGCUCGACCCAUCAUCAGCGGCGCAUUUGAUCGUGGACCGCGACGAGUUUCGGAGCCUCUGCGUGCAGGGGAUACCCGAUGAGCCUUCUUGGAUACGGACAAGGGCAUGGAAACUUCUACUGGAUUUGAUACCUAACGAUAAGACGACAUGGAAUGAAGAAGACGAGAAGGCAAAAACCAAAUAUUGGGCCCUAGUCGACGGUAUCGCUGAGGGACUUGACAAAAAGCCUCCCCCAACACGGCCUCUAUCCCCAGCAGAUCGCUCUCUGAUUGAUCUUGCCUUUUCGCUGCCCAGUCUACCACUGCUUCCAGAACCUGUCUCACCACAACGGACUCAACACGUCUCACCGGUUAUUUCCAUUACUACACCGGAUUUGAACACAGAUGAACUAUUGCCGCCCACACCGAUUGCACAAGUUGGGGUCGAUGUUUGUCGGGGACCGAGCACGACGUUGCUUCUGAAUCGGCUUGCCCUUGUUAUGACUAUGAAUGCGACUAGAGGUUCUACUGUUGCUCUUCGAGGCACUCCAUCUCCUCCGAUGCUGACAAUUUCUGCGGCGGACGACACAAAUACCUCUCCCCCCAUUUCGGCAUCGUCACGUCACUCUUUAGGAAAUGGAAGCAUUCCCCGAACUCCUAGGUCACUGCGAUCACCAGGGUCAAAAAAACCUCAACUUUCCAAGUCGGAACGCCGUUCACUAGCCUUGUUACGCAUCUUGCACGCACAUUCCAUCCUACACGCUUCCCACCCGCCAGUCACGUUUCUGAUUCCCUUAGUUUCUGCCCUGUACGAGCUCUGCCACUCGGCCUACAACUCAGCGGUUAGUUCCGACUCAGACGAAGAGGCUGAAGAAGUGGAACAUGACAAUGCGUGGGAUGAGGAGGUCGAGGCUGAAGCAUUCUGGUUUCUUGAGGCCAUUCGAGAUCGCAUGGGCGAUGUAUGGGAAGUGAACGAUGCAUGUGAUGAAAUCUUGAGGACAAUUGAAUUGCGCUUAGCACGAAUCGACGAACCUUUCGCUCGCGAGUUGCUCCGAAAGUCUUUGGCACCGUCAACCUCCGAAUACUCUGUGAAAUGGCUGUCAUCUGUCCUCGCAGCUUCACUUCCACCGCCGGUCCUUCUGAUCACAUACGACUCUCUGUUUGGGCUGCCGCCAACCGCUUUUGUUGCAGCGUUGAUCGAUGUAUUUCUUGCACUUAUGAUUCUCUUACGGCCCCAACUAUUCGCCGCUGGUCGUGCUAAGGGUGAUGUGAAACCGAACCAUCUUUGGGUUGGUGAAGAAGGAAUGGAGGACGAAGAAGCUGCAAAGCGUCAAGGCGAAUCGAUACUGGAUCAAUAUCCCAUCGAUGAAGUUGGCUCAGACAGGAUUCUGCGCGCUGCGUCCGAAAUAAGGAUGCAGCGGGAAUGGGAAGAACGCAGGGCUGCUUCUGGCUGGACAACAGAAGCGGUUGCUAGUCGUCUCCUACGUCAGCAAGAGGGCCAGUCUGCCAAUGGUGGUGGUAUCAUCGAUAGCUUCCGAGGCUUCGCGGAAACCUUGAAGCAGAGCGAUACUGCUGCAAGCCUCUCGAAGGCUUCGACUAACUGGAAGGCAUCAGCACUACAAGCUUGGAGACCAAGUCCACCGUCCCUGACGGCGGUGUCACAGCGGGCAGCUUCCCCUAGCCCACUAUCACGACCUUCAUCGUGGGGUUCCGUUGCCAUGAAGUUAUGGAACCCUCUCCGUGCCUCCAUCAGUUCUCUCCCGGACGGAAUCCCGCUCCCAUCACCUCUUUCGGCCGAACAACCUACGCCUGAGCCACCUUCUCAGAGCCCUCAGAUCCAGUCGGAUGUGUCUACGACGACGUCAAGAGCUGAGUCACCUAAUCCUUCUAUCGGUUCUCCCCCAUCAACCAGUCGCUCUUUGCCCUCCUUGCAAGCUGCGUUGAAUUCGAUCAUCAACUCCACUCCAGCACCAUCUCCUUUAUCACUCAAAAAGCCACCUCCUAGAUCCUUAAUGCUCAGCGGCAGUGCUCGGCCUCCCAGCAUCCAGCGGUAUUCCAGGCCGAGGCUAAGCGAAGAUCGAUCGCACGAUUCCAUCUCGUCAACUUUUUCGUCAACGUCGCGGCGAACAACGUCUUUGUCAAAUGCGUCGGACUCGGACAACCCCGUUGUCAAGUUGAGAGGUGGGGUGUCACCACGUUCUCCUGCAGGCAUGGCUCUUCGACAAAAGCGUGAAUUUUCUUCUCCCGCUCGGCUGGUCGCACCAGCCAAUUCUGUCCCAGUCGGCAUGGACAUUGUUUUGUCCCCAGACUCAUAUAUAUCUAGUCCUUCCCUGCCGACUCCAGCGCCACUAAACUCGGUUGCGUCUGAAAUCAAUGAAGCUGUUAACCGCUGGACCCUAUCCGAUACGAAGGCCUCUCCUGGGGUCACGAGAUCGUCGAGUAACUCAUCGCUAGGUUCUGCCUACCAAGGAUUCUCACCGCAGGUACCGAUACCCUCACCUGGGUUGCGAAGGAACCGCCGCAUCGCUGAUCAGAAACCUCCGGGACUGCGGCUACGCGAUACGAAAGCAGUAGCAGCAGAUAUGUUUUCGCCACUAUCAAGCACUACAGAUGGGGAGGAGCAGGGUCCUCUGACAGAGAACGGAGACAGCCUCCUUCCGUACGCUAGAAUGUCUUUGGACGAUGGCGAGCGGACACCGGAGCCGAAGACCCCCAGACCGUCUGUAAGUCUUAGACGCUCUCCAUCACCUGCAGUCAAGCGUGAGGCGAAGAAGAAACAUACAGACGAUAUGGUCAGUGAAGAAGAAGGUAUGAAGGCCGAUGAAGAGGACAAUACAGAGGAACAGGUCGUAGGUGGCAAUUAUAACGACAUCCUCAGCGCCUACGAAGACGAAUGAGGAUGAAUGAAGUGUAUUGACUAUAUUAGGCGUUCCUUAUGUAGCUUGGAUUUAAUGUAGCUUAAAUAAUGC